AUGUGCAAAGGACUGGCCGCCCUGCCCCAUUCCUGCCUGGAAAGGGCCAAGGAGAUUAAGAUCAAGUUGGGGACGCUCUUGCAGAAGCCAGACCCGGCUGCCGACCUGGUCAUCCCCUACAACGAGAAGCCGGAGAAGCCCGAGAAGCCAGCGAAGCCGGAGAAGCCGGCCAAGACCCAGAAGCCGUCGCCCGAAGAGGCCCUGCAGUGGCGCGGCUCCCUGGACAAGCUCCUGCAGAGCAGCUAUGGGCUGGCCAGCUUCAAAAGCUUCCUGAAGUCCGAGUUCAGCGAGGAGAACCUGGAGUUCUGGAUGGCCUGUGAGGACUUCAAGAAAACCACGUCCGCGGCCAAGAUGGCUGAGAAGGCCAAGAAGAUUUAUGAGGAGUUCAUCCGAGCCGAGGCCCCGAAGGAGGUGAACAUCGACCACCUCACCAAGGACAUCACCCUGAGGAACCUGCUGGAGCCCUCGCCCAGCAGCUUCGACAUGGCCCAGAAGCGGGUGCACGCCCUCAUGGAGAACGACUCGCUGCCCCGCUUCGUGCGCUCCGCGUUCUACCAGGAGCUCAUGAAGUAG